UUAUCGCCCGUCGCGACAACGAAACUUCGAGAAAGUGCGAGUGCCACCGAGCGACCGACGGCUUGGCUUGGCUUGGCCUGGGUUGCGAGGAUGUCGUGGAUCUGGGCGGAUGUCAAGUCUCUUCUGCCGCUACAAGAGCACGAGGUUGUCCGAGGCUUCCCGACGGCAGGCAAUGCUGCCCCUCAGACAGAUGACCUGAGGAGCACAUCGUCAAAUUCGCGCAUCAUCGCUUUCCAAAGGCAUCUCGGAUGUCCCUUCUGCGAGAAGACGGUGCGACAGAUGAUCAGGGCUGCCCCCAAGAAAGAGAAGGUCGAGUUCAUUAUCGUCUCGCACGCGACGCAGCAAGAAUCCGACGAAUGGCUUACGGAUUUGCUUCAUCGUAUGCCCCAUGAACGUCCGAGCAAUGUUCGCAUCGUGGCCGAUCCGGAAAGAAGGCUGUAUGCCAAGUGGGGCGUCGGCCAACUCGGCUGGGCUGCCCUUUUCAACAUGGACACGCUCUCCAAAGUGUCCCAGCUAGCCAAAGAAGGCAUCAAGAAUACUUACACACAUGGUAAUCGAUGGCAGAACCACGGCACGUUUGCAGUCGACCCCAAAGGCACGAUCACAUGGAGCCAUCUUGGCAAGGAUGCAGGCGAUAUGUCAGACAUUGGUGCCGCCAUCGCUUCUCUAUCGUAACCAGUGCACCUUUGCAAGCACUGCUGUUGACCACGACCGUGCGCUCGGAUGCACCUUGGUGUUAAGUUGUGCUCCGCGUUG